AUGAGUAAUUACAAGAUUAUGCUCUUCGCGUCGAGGCAACGAAUUCUGAGGUGUGCUCUACACCGUGUUCACCAAGGUACGGAACGUUUGAAUGCUUCCAUGACUGUUUCCUCGAAGAUUUCAAAGAUGGAAAUUGUGUUAAUGGACGUUGUUGUUGCACAAAAUGAUAAAAUGCCAGUCACCUUUCUUGUAAACUGGCAACUUGAGAGCUUAUCUAUGCUUUGCUAA